AUGAACCUUUCGCACUUUCAGAUCAACUAUGCAGUGGUCUUUCUGUUGCAGAUGGUGAUGUUUUCUGCCGCUUUCUUUUGCUCCAUCCUGGUGCUGGUGCAUGGGAUUUUGCACCCUGUCCCAGAGGCUGAUGAGGCUGGGCAAACGACACACUGGCAAGCUGCAACAACAGCAAAGAAGCCAUGUGCCUUGAAUUGCAGUCACUCAGCUGGGCUGGGUUCACGCUUGAUAGCUGCGUUUCCUGCCACAUAA